UCUCAGACGUCAAGGUUUCGUUUGAUUUUGAAAAUUUUUGCAAUAUUUUUAGUUUAGACUUUAGAACUUUAGUUGAUCUAUGUAUGUUCUAGUACAGCACUUCUAUUAAAUUUGCUUUUCAGGCAAGUGCGACACAUCUUUUCAUCGUUGCUGUUUGGUUUGACGGCGUUCUGUUAGUAGUUGUUUGUGAAUCAUGGAUUCGAAGCCGAAUUGCACUCUAUACGUCAACAAUAUCAACGAGAAAAUCAAGAAGGAUGAGCUGAAGAAGUCCCUUUUUCAUUUGUUCUCACAGUUUGGACCGGUUCUUGACAUUGUCGCGUUGAAAACCAUGAAAAUGCGAGGCCAGGCAUUUAUAGUGUUCAAAGAUGUGGCCAGUGCCACAUCAGGUCUCCGAGCGCUCCAGGGAUGCCCGUUUUAUAACAAGCCCAUGAAAAUUGCGUUCGCUCAAACCGAGUCCGAGGCCACUCAAAAGCGCACUGGCACCUUCAGAAUGCGAAAGAAGGAAGACGAAGCGAAAGAUGCUGCAGCGAAGAAGAAGAAAGAGAAAAAGACCGAAGAGUUACCGGCGGGCGACUUUUCCGCAUUUGCGGAAAUGGCGAUGAAUGCCGCCGAGGACGAGACACCCAAUAAAAUCCUCUUCGUGUCCAAUUUGCCUUCGGGUGUGGAUACAGCGGAGAUGGUGUCGACGGUCUUCAGUCCGCAUGAUGGCUUCAAAGAAGUUCGUCUUGUUCCUGGCCGCCAGGACAUUGUCUUUGUGGAGUUCGAGACCGAGCUUCAGGCGUCGACGGCGAAAGAUUCGUUACACGGUUACCGCAUAAAACCUUCCAAUCCUAUUUCCAUUUCUUAUGCGAAGCGAUAGUAUUAUUGGAUCUUCUGCGUUUUGCCGACCUGUAUAUUAUCCUGAUUUAUUUACAGUUUAUUUUAAGCGACUUCUUUUUUAACAAGCAUCGUUCUGGUGUUUUAAUGUUGCGGCUUUUCCUGACUUUCGUCUGUUUUUUACAUCGUUUCUUUUUCUGAUUAUAUUUUGAACAUCUAGGUUUGAUCUGGCAAAUGCCUGCUUGCGCUGUUAAUUGAAAAGUAAACUAGAAAAUACCGACGUACAUGACGGACUGACGAUACGUUCAUAAAAAUUACUAAACUA